GUUGCUUCCAAGCCGAUAAACAUUCAUCCGUCUGAUAACACCGCGGUGGGUCACAACCGGCCGCAGAAAUGACAUCGCAUCGUGAGGCACGGCAGAGGAUGGAAGAUGGCCGAUUACGUGAGGACGUCACGGAUGAGAUUGGCCGAUAGCUAGGUAGGCGAUGGAGAUUGAGCGCCGCGACACGCUCCGCUGGUGAUACAUAUAUGUUGCAUCGCAAGACUUGAGUAUCUGCUACUUCAAAUUUACCACAUCUUCUGUAAUCAAAUCGAGCUUAUCGUUUCCAAACACUACCAUCAUGCCUGAAGUUUACGCCGCACCACCCGACUACGCCUUCCCCCGUAACUUCAAGGGUUACGGCGAGAAGGGUCUCCAGGGCUUGAAGUGGCCCAACAAUGCCAAAAUCGCCGUAUCUUUUGUCAUCAACUAUGAGGAAGGUGGUGAGCGCUCAGUCAUGAAAGGUGACGGAGUAUCCGAGAUAAAUCUUCGCGAAUAUCCAGCCCAACACAGGAUCAACGAGCGCGACUACAGCGGUGAAUCAGAAUUCGAAUAUGGCUCCCGCCGCGGCUGGUGGCGCAUGUUCAAGCUCUUCAACAACUACAAGAUGAAGUUCACCCUCUACGCCGUCGGCUCCGCCGUCGAAGAACAGCCAGAAGUCGUUACUCGAUGUGUAGAAGAGGGCCACGAUGUUGCUUCUCAUGCCUACCGCUGGAUUGACCACGCCAACCUUUCUGUCGAAGCUGAGAAGCAGCAUAUCAGAGAUGGUAUCACGUCGCUGAAGAAGCUCUCCGGCUAUGCGCCAAAGGGAUGGUACUAUGGCCGCCCAUCACCACAGAGCAGAGCGCUCAUUCCACUCGUUUAUGAGGAGAUGGGAGAGGAGCUUCUUUGGGCCUCGGAUUGCUACGCCGAUGACCUGCCUUACUGGACCGACCUUCCCCAAGAGCGCAGCAGCGCAAACCCAAAGGGAUGCUUGAUGGUCCCUUACAGCUAUGACUGCAAUGACUUCAAAUUCCACUGCCAAGGAACUGGUUUCCGCAGUACGGCUGCGUUCUACGAACACAUGAAGAACUCAUUCGAUGUACUGUAUGAGGAGGGUGAAGCUGGAGAGCCGAAGAUGAUGACUAUUGGUCUGCACUGUCGCAUUAUUGGUAGGCCUGGACGAUUCAAGGCGCUUCAGGACUUCGUCAAGUAUAUCUCCGAGAAGGAGGGUGUUUGGGUUGCGACUAGGACGCAAAUAGCGGAGUCGUUCAGGGAGCAGUUCCCGUAUAAGAAGGGCCAGCUCGCGUAGAUAGGCAAUCAAAUCUGUUUCAACGUU